CCUUUGUUCGCCUAGUAGGCUCGCAGAAAGCAAGCGGACGCAACAAUGGAUUCCUUGCAACUCUAUAAACGGUCCCCACUAGGGCCUAAUGUCCACCAUUUACUCUCUGCAUUCUGUCAUGCGUGCUGAACUCUCCGUCGGUGCCUUCAUUGCUGCUGGCUUAGUUCUGGUUCCUUUGCCUUGGCAUUGGCGUGCUCGUAACGUUGCGAUGCUUUCCACUAUUGUGUGGUUGCUUGUUUCAAAUAUUAUAUAUGCCGUUGACGCUAUAAUAUGGGCCGGAAAUGUUGCAGAUUCUGCACCGGUUUGGUGCGACAUAACAACCAAGCUGCAGGUCGGCACUAACAUGGCACUUCCGGCAUGCUGCCUAUGUAUUUGCAUCCAUUUAGAACGUAUUGCGUCAGUCCGUCAAGUUCGCACUUCCCAUUCGGACAGGAUCCGGCGCAAGAUUUUCGAUGCUACACUUUGUUGGAUGAUACCCAUCGUCUAUAUGGCCCUUCACUAUGUUGUUCAAGGCCACCGGUUUGAUAUUAUCGAGGACUUCGGUUGCCGCCCGACGGUUUACGUGUCCGUUCCUGCUAUCUUCUUGAUCUGGGUACCACCUAUUACGGCCGCUCUUGCAACCUUCGGGUUUUCAGCCGUUGCCGUUCGGCACUUCUUUCGUCGACGACUUAUGUUUGCGAAGCAUUUGCAGAACUCCAAUUCUGGGUUGACUACUUCGCGUUACUUUCGGCUUAUGAGCAUGGCCGUCGUCCAGAUGUUUUGGAGUUUACUAAUAAUGUCCUUUAACGUGUGGUUCUCGUGCCAGAACGGUUUGCGACCAUGGAUCAGUUGGGAUAACGUUCAUACGGGAUUCUCGCAAAUUGCCUAUUUUCCCACUGUUCUUAUUCCGUCCUCAACGCUAAUUUGGACAUACAUUUUGUGGUGGGCAUUGCCGGCGUCUUCUGUAAUUUUCUUUGUCUUCUUUUCCUUCGGGCAUGACGCCAUGAACGAGUAUCGAGAGUGUUUCUCCUGGGUUCGUCGUGCCGUAUUUUCCCGUAUUCCUGAAGAACAGUUGAAGAACUUGUCACUCCCACGAGGAGGACAUGGUUGCCAGUCUCUAGCAACUCCGCAGAAGUUACGAAUGCAAUUCCAGUGCAAUCGGCGUACCUUCACGGGUUGUUCUGAGAAAGAGAGCACCGCGUACGACCGGGAUUCCGUUGGGAAAGACACCGUGGAAUUAUCGCCUGACUCCCCCACCGACGGUAUUCAUUUCUCAACUCCGCCACUGUCCUUUCAUUUAUCGUCUCCUGGGAAGCAUGAUCAUGAUCAACUCGCAUUCGCAUGAAGUACGUGUAGAUGUGUUGCUUGUCAGAUUUGUAUCCUACCACUGCCGCUCUUUCUUAUGUUUUCCGAAAUGUUCGCAUACCCGCGUUUCGUGCAUGGAUAUCUUGAUUUUUGGAUUUCGCACCCCCGCGUACCGUGUACCACUAUCAUGUAUCCUCUUACGUCGUAACAGAGCAUUGAGACCUCUCCCCAGCCUUGGUCGGGAACUUC